AAGUAUCGUCAGAGCCUGGCUGGACUGUUGGCCCCACCUUAUGGCGCCAUGGAGAGUGGAUCCAACAAUGACAGACUCACAGACAAAGACAACAUGAACUCAGACUCUGCAAACAAAGCGCAUAACAAGAUUCCCUCAGAGAAGCUGAGGAGAGCAGGAAAAGUUCUCCGCAAUGCCAUUCUGUCGAGAGCGCCGCACAUGAUCCGAGACAGGAAAUAUCACCUCAAAACAUACAAACAGUGCUGUGUAGGCACAGAGCUGGUGGACUGGUUGGUGAUGCAGAGCGCUUGUGUGCUCACACGCUCCCAUGCUGUUGGCAUGUGGCAGGCACUACUAGAGGAAGGAGUGCUUAAUCAUGUGGACCAGGAGCUGGGUUUCCAGGACAAAUACUUGUUCUACCGGUUUCUUGAUGAUGAGGAGGAGGACACACCGUUACCUAGUGAGGAAGAGAAGAGAGAGAGCGAGGAAGAGCUGCCAGAGACCAUCCUCUUUCUGGCUCAGAUUGGCCCCGACGCACUGCUGCGCAUGAUCCUCAGGAAAUCGCCGGGUCAGAGGACGGGCGAUGACUUAGAGAUCAUCUAUGACGAGCUGCUUCACAUCAAGGCCUUAGCUCACCUCUCCACCACUGUAAAGCGGGAACUGGCAAGCGUGGUGAUCUUUGAGUCGCAUGCAAAAGCUGGAACUGUGUUGUUUAACCAAGGAGAGGAAGGCACAUCUUGGUACAUCAUCCAGAAGGGCUCUGUUAAUGUGGUUAUUUAUGGGAAGGGUGUAGUCUGCACGCUUCACGAGGGCGAUGACUUUGGGAAGUUAGCCUUGGUUACAGAUUCACCUCGUGCUGCCUCCAUCGUCCUGAGAGAGGACAACUGCCACUUCCUGCGUGUGGAUAAGGAGGACUUCAACAGGAUCCUCAGGGAUGUGGAAGCCAACACCGUGCGUUUGAAAGAGCAUGAACAAGUUGUGCUGGUUUUAGAGAAGAGUCCUCGAGCAUCCACACUGGGAAGCAUUAAAUACACUGUGAUAUCAGGGACACCAGAGAAGAUUCUUGAUCACUUCCUGGAGACGAUGAGACUGGACAUUCAUCACAACGAGCCAGACCCAGCAGUGGAUGAUUUUGUUCUCAUGCACUAUGUCUUCAUGCCAAACAGCCAGCUCUGCCCUCUACUCAUGGCACACUACCAUGCAGCGUCUCCUCCAGGCUCUGAACAGGAGAGGUUGGAGUACACUCUCAACAGUAAAAGGAGGACCCUCAUUCUGGCCUUGCGCUGGGCAAACACACACACAUACCUGCUACAGGAGGAACCCGCGGCACUCUCUUUCCUGGAGGAGCUGUAUGGCAGCGCGUCUAAUGAUUCUCGCACACUGCGAGGUCUAAAGGACUUGAUUCCUGACUUGGAGAAAAUGGUGAAAUUACACUCAGAGGAAGUCAAAUCAAUCAAAAAGAAGACCCUGAUACGGCAGUUCAGCAAUGGAGAGGAAAGGCUGCAGAAGAAACAACCCAUAAGGAACCAAGACGACAUCCUCUUGAAGGUGUACUGCAGUGAUCACACCUACACGACAAUCAGGGUUGCAGUGGCAGCAACUGGGAGGGAAGUGAUCAGCGCUGUGAGCGACAAACUCGGCACCACUGACGAGCUCCUGCUGGUUCACCUUAGCUCUGCUGCUGAUAAACAAAUCCUGAAGCCCAACGACGUCUCGGUGUUUUCUACGUUAAGCAUCAAUGGGAGAUUGUUUACUUGUCCGCGAGACCAGCUCAAUAAUGUGACUCCUCUUCCAGAUCAGGAGGGUCCCUCUGCAGGCUCCAUGUCAACUUUUGAGUUAAUGAGCUCCAAAGAUCUGGCUUAUCAGAUGACCAUGUUUGACUGGGAACUCUUCAGUUGUGUGCACGAGCACGAGCUGCUCUAUCACACGUUUGGCCGCCAGAGUUUCAAAAGAACCACGGCUAAUCUGGACCUGUUCCUGAGGAGGUUCAACCAGGUCCAGCUGUGGGUGGUUACUGAAGUCUGCCUCUGCACUCAGCUCAGCAAGAGAGUGCAGCUCCUCAAGAAAUUCAUUAAGAUAGCAGCACACUGUCGAGAAUUCAAGAACCUGAAUUCCUUCUUUGCCAUCAUUAUGGGGAUGAGCAACCCUGCUGUCAGCAGACUGAGCCAAACAUGGGAGAAACUUCCCACCAAGUUUAAGAAGUUUUACGCUGAGUUUGAGAGCAUGAUGGACCCGUCAAGAAACCACCGGUCUUAUCGACUGACUGUGACCAAGCUGGAGUCGCCGAUCAUCCCCUUCAUGCCUCUGCUGCUCAAAGAUAUGACUUUUACACACGAGGGCAACAAGACUUUCAUUGACAACAUGGUGAAUUUUGAGAAAAUGCGUAUUAUAGCAAACACAAUUCGACAAGUGAGGCACUGUAGAAGCCAGCCGUUCAAUCCUGACAUUUGCCAGCCGAAUAAGAACCAGGCAGAGGUACGAGGUUAUGUUCGGAAGCUCUGCGUGAUUGACAACCAGCGGGCGCUGACGCAGCUCUCCUACAGGCUGGAGCCUCGGCGGACAUGAGCUCCAAAUCUUCCACCGCCUCCACCUUCUCUGUGAUGUUCGCAUUAUACAAAAACAACACACACAUUAACUGUUUUAAACAACUAAAGAAAGGAUAUUUAGUAGCAAAUCCCAGCAGUGACUUGAUCUCUAACGUGGGCUAUCAUGGAUCAAGGACUUCUACUGUGCCAUUAAAAGCCUCUUCCUACUGGACAGACAGAAAGUGUUCAGCUGCUCUCGUCGCUGUGUCACGGCUCGUGGACUGAUGGUUCGUUUUGUUCCGGUUGUUACUGUUUUGGACCUGUUAGAUAGAACUAUAAUGUAUAGAACGUGAAUCAAUAUCCUGCAUGACUGAGUUACAGAGUUCCAUAGGCUUUGUGUUCUAUACAAUGGAUUUCUAUCAGAGAGUCCUGUACUGUUGUGUUCCCCGAAAGGAGUCCUAUUUUACAAUAACUGGCUGUUGAACAAACCUGACGACCCAACUCAUGGAAAAACCCACAAAAGUGUAAAGUCUGAGACUCCUUUUCCAUGUUACAGAACUCUAAGAGUAUGCAUUUACAUUAUAAUCUAAAUUAUAAUCAAAGUUUCUGAAAUAUCUAGGAUUUGAUGAGUAAGAAUC